AUGCUAGUAUUUAAGCGCUUGGAGAAGCAAGUGUUGAAAAAUGCAACUGUUACUAAUUAUCUAAGGAGUCAUAUAGCUAGACGUGCAUUUCAUCCCACACUCAUUAAAAGAAAUGAACAAACAGUUGAUCAGAAACUGGCCAUAGUCGCUAAUGAAAAUAAAAUCGAAGACACAGUAGAAACAAGGACGCCACAAGGUGGAGACAAACAUGACCCAACUCCUUUCAUUCCUGUCAAUUUUUCAGAUUUUAAAGGCAAAGGAUUCAUCAAUAAUGCUGUUUUGUCGGCAUUACAUAAAGCAAAAUUUGAUACUUUAACACCGAUCCAACAAAGGGCCUUGAUACCUAUCAUCAAGUCUGAAAAGGGUGUCGUAUGUCGGGCAAAGACUGGUACAGGAAAGACUUUGACAUUCAUUAUACCAACGGUUGAGAGUGCAAUCAAAAGGAUUACUGAAAAGCCCGAUAUGCGUGGUGUUGAUUCAGUGAUUGUUGCACCAACUCGUGACUUGGCUUUACAGAUUCGUGAUGAAUAUGGAAAAGUUUGUGCCAAAUUACCUCGUUCUAUCCAGCCACGUGUAUCGAUGAUAAUAGGAGGACAAAAAACUACAUUUAACUACCGCUCGCCCAGUGAAAUUGUGAUUACUACCCCUGGAAGAUUAGAAGCCGAUUUGAGGGAUCAGAGAUUUUCCAAGUGGUUCAGAAAUGUCACAUACAGGGUUUAUGACGAGGCUGACAGAUUGCUCGAUGUUGGUUUUGAGCCACAAUUGAAUAGUAUUAAUCGCACGUUGCAAGAAAUUAGAGAUGAAGAUGCACCUCCAAUGAAGUCAUUGUUAUUUAGUGCAACCGUUGAUGAGUCAAUUACCCGAUUUGCUAAGCAGCACAUCAAUAGACAUUAUGACUACAUCAACACUGUUCCGAAAGAUGAACCCGAAGUCCAUGAAAAUGUUCACCAAAUCUUGUACAGGUGUGAGGACGGAGUUGAUAAGUUUAAAUCAUUCUUUGAUUAUGUAAUUGAUGUUAUCCAAUCUGAGAAAAACCCCAAGAUUAUUUUAUUUUUGCCUACUCAAACAGCAGUUGACUGGUUUUAUGAUUAUAUGCAAGAAGCUACUCGCUCGCCCGAAAUUGCCGACGCAUAUUUGGAUUUUGGAAUGUAUCUCAUUCAUGGUAAUAGAUCUGCUUAUCAGCGUAGGAGGGCAUUGGAGGAUUUUAAGCAUUGCAAAAAGGGUUUGCUAAUUUCUACCGAUGUUGCAGCUAGAGGUAUUGAUGUUAAAGGGGUUUCUCAUGUGAUUCAACUAUUCCCAUCAUCAGAAGUUGCUGAUUAUGUUCACAAAGUGGGAAGAACUGGAAGAGCUGGUGCAAAAGGUAAAGCAGUUUUGUUCACUUCUGUUAGUGAAAUGCCAUAUGUGCGUAAAUUGAAAAGAGAGAGGGGUGUUGAUUUCCAAGAGAUUGUCGACAGUACCCCAAACAAGAAGUUUGCACAGGUGUUUGAAUCAAUCAAACCUUCUCAUCAUCAGACUAACGAGUUCUUUUUCACUUUUAUGAACUAUGUUAUGCAAGUUAAAAGCGUUUACCGCUUAGAUGCAAAUGAUUUGAUUGAAGACACUGUGAAUUUAUAUCGUUCUUUGCUCAAAGAUGAUAGUGCUAAAUUGAGUAUUGCAUCACUAAAGAACGCAGCACGUCAGUUGGACAGGAGUAUCUUGAGAGAGUACUUUGAACACAAAAACGGAAGAGAAAUUGACGAAUUCAGAGAGGAGUAUAGACCUAGACAAACUAACAAACGUUCUAGCCGUUUCCCUUCCAGGGGCCGUGACUCUAAUUUUGGUGGUGAUAGCUACAGAGAACGCUCUCAUGGAGGAAACAGACAGCAGAAAAGGUCAUCGUUUAAUGAUGAUAGAAGGGGAAGUUUGAAAGGACACAGAAGAUCAAAUUACAGCUCAAAAGGUUAUGAUUAA